ACCCACCCAUUUCUGAACAGACAUAAAAGGAACGAAAACAUAGUUAUUUAAUUCUGUUCCUGUCUGAUAUAUGAUGGAUCUGCGUGUCUCUGUUGUUCUUCUGUUCAUUUUUCUCACUGGAGGAUACUCUCUCAAGUGUUACAUGUGCUCAUCUGCUCAGGGGCGUACCUGUGAAGCAAAAGUGCAGAUAUGUGGAGAUGGAUUUUCCAAAUGUCAAAGCCAAACAAUAGAACAAUCCAUUGGUUCCACUAAGUUGUCCAUCAAAACUAAACAGUGUGCACUUAGAUGUGAAGCUGGGACCCAACAGCUCCCGACUGGAGGGACUGUAACUACCCACUGCUGUGACACUGACCUCUGCAAUGCCGCAGAUGGCGUGUAUUAA